UUGACAGUUCAAUUCGCCGAGCUGACAGAGUGGAAAUCAGUCUAGAUCAUCACAUUCGGCUUGUGUACCGAUCUCUUCAUUUCCUUGUCUUAUCAUGGAGCAGACAGAUGGACUGAAGGGCAUGGAUGGAGGUCUGAUGGCUGAUUCCAACGUGCGGGAUGGAGACAUCAGCAGGCAGAGGGAGAGCGACGGGAAGGGGCAGAAACCACACAUCUCUCACAAAUCCCUCAUGAAAUGCUGUCUGGUGAAAUGGAUCAUUGACCAGUUAAGCGCAGCGCCCCAGGGCUCAAACAGAAUUGAUGGUGAUCUGGAGUUGUCCAUGGUGCGACAUCAGCCAGAGGGUCUGGAGCAGCUGCAGGCUCAGACAAAGUUCACAAGGAAGGAGCUGCAGUCACUCUACAGAGGUUUUAAAAAUGAGUGUCCCAGUGGACUGGUGGAUGAGGAGACGUUUAAAUCUAUAUAUUCCCAGUUCUUCCCUCAAGGAGAUGCAACCAUGUAUGCACACUUCCUUUUCAAUGCAUUUGACAUGGACCGAACUGGCUCUAUCCGUUUUGAAGACUUUGUAAUCGGCCUCUCUGUUCUGCUUCGAGGAUCUGUGACAGAGAAACUGAGGUGGGCCUUUAACCUUUAUGACAUUAAUAAAGACGGCUACAUCACCAAAGAGGAAAUGCUGGCCAUCAUGAUGUCCAUCUAUGACAUGAUGGGCAGGCACACUUUUCCUUGUGUUAAAGAGGAUGCUGCAUUUAAACAUGUGGAGAAAUUCUUCCAGAAAAUGGACCGAAACAGAGAUGGCACGGUCACCAUUGAUGAGUUCAUAGAGACCUGUCAGAAGGAUGAAAACAUUAUGAGCUCCAUGCAGCUGUUUGAGAAUGUCAUCUAG